AUUUCGGUCGGUUUCGAAGAGGGAGUUUUUAUAACCCGCGUGGUCAGAAUGAUGACAAGUACAACGAGUCCAGCUGACGCUACAACAUCCAUUCUGCUUGGAAGAAUGUCUGAAUUUUUGCUGAAGCAAAAUGAAAAUAUGGAUUCUCUGAGAACUUUGGCGGCCAAAUUGCAUACGAGGACAUGUGCUCAAGAUAAAAGAAUAAGAGAAACUACAUUGGAUUCAAUACGUGGAAAGCAGUUUCAAAAUAUAAGCAUGUUGAUGAGUUUAUUGGAGUUCGUUCGUGAUACCGCCACGGCCUGCAGUAUUGCCGGAAUUCUUCACGAAUGCGUUUCCGUGCGGGGAAAGGGAAAAAAUAAAAAUCGAGGAAAAGAGGCUCGGAAGGCAGUAGCUGUUUACAUCGUGAGCAUUGGUGGUACUGUAACUAUUAUACGCAUGGUUUCUGCACUCUGCGUGCGAACUACAGCUGGAGGAGCAAGUGCUGUUCAACAAGCUGCAAACGAACAACUUUUAUAUGAAUUGCUGUGGUUGCUUGCACAACUUGCACAAAAAGGCAAGUGA